CGCUGCUAACGGCUCCAGCUGGUAGAUGCACCGACCCUGAGGAAACAUGCUCCGUCUGAGAGACGUCGUACAGCGGUCUGUUCCCCCUCGGAACUCCCCGCUUUAUUCCGGUUUAUGGCAGCGGGCUGGAUAUAAAACGCAGCCCGGGCCUCAGGUUACCAAGCAGCCCGGGCUAAAGCGCUUCAGCACGGCCGAAGCAACCGUGCAGACCGGAGCUGGACACCCAUGCCGGAUGCGAGAGAAGAGCCUGACCAUGGCGAGCCUGAGCCCGCAGGUGAAGGCGGUGGAGUACGCUGUGAGAGGGCCCAUCGUUAUCAGGGCGGGGGACAUCGAGAAGAGGCUGCAGCAGGGAGGGAACGAGUCUUUCACUGAGGUCAUCAAAGCCAACAUCGGGGAUGCUCAUGCCAUGGGUCAGCAGCCAAUCACUUUCCUCCGUCAGGUGGUGGCUCUGUGUUGUUACCCUGAGCUGCUGCAGAGUCCCUCCUUCCCUGAAGACGCCAAGCAACGCGCCCAGCGCAUCCUGCAGGGCUGUGGAGGGCAGAGCCUCGGCUCGUACAGUGCCAGUCAGGGGGUGGAGUGCAUCCGUCAGCAUGUAGCUGAGUUCAUCACAGAGAGAGACCAGGGCGUCCCCUCCGACUGGAACAACAUCUACCUCACCACAGGGGCCAGUGACGGCAUCAUGAGCAUCCUGAAGCUGCUGGUGUCGGGGGAGGGCAGCGGCAGGACGGGGGUGCUGAUCCCCAUCCCUCAGUACCCGCUGUACUCCGCUGCCCUCUCAGAGCUGGACGCCGUGCACAUCCACUACUACCUGGACGAGGACAGCUGCUGGGCCCUGGACAUAGAGGAGCUGCAGAGAGCGUAUCUGAGCGCCAAGCAGCUCUGUACCCCCCGGGCACUCUGCAUCAUCAACCCCGGGAACCCCACCGGCCAGGUGCAGAGUAAAAAGUGUAUCGAGGAGGUGCUGCACUUCGCCUAUGAGGAGAAUCUGUUCGUCAUGGCUGAUGAGGUGUACCAGGACAACGUGUACUCAGCAGACUGUCACUUCCACUCCUUCAAGAAGGUCCUGUAUGAGAUGGGCCCUGAGUACUUCAACAACGUGGAGCUGGUGUCCUUCCACUCCACCUCCAAGGGCUACACCGGAGAGUGUGGUUUCCGUGGAGGCUACAUGGAGGUGCUGAACAUGGACCCCCAGGUGAAGGAGCAGCUGGUCAAACUGCUGUCUGUACGCCUCUGCCCCCCCGUCCCGGGACAGGCAGCCAUGGACGUCAUCGUAAACCCCCCCAGAGAGCACGAGCCCUCGUACGCUCAGUUCAUCAAGGAGAAGAGCUCGGUCCUGGACGUCCUGGCUCAGAAGGCCCGGCUGACGGAGCAGAUCCUGAACUCUGUUCCUGGGAUUAAAUGCAACCCGGUCCAAGGAGCCAUGUACGCCUUCCCUCGGAUAUUCAUUCCCCCCCGAGCCAUUCAGGAAGCCAAGGCCCGCUCCAUGGCUCCUGACAUGCUGUACUGUCUGAAGCUGCUGGAGGAGACAGGGAUCUGCGUGGUUCCAGGAAGUGGCUUCGGCCAGAGGGAGGGGACGUAUCACUUCAGAAUGACCAUCCUGCCGAGCCCAGAGAAGCUCACGGUCCUCCUCGGGAAGCUGAAGGAGUUCCACCUGCGGUUCCUGGAGGAGUAUUCCCAGGAGGGAGCUCAGAGCAGCAGCCUUCACAGAGAGGAGGGGGUUCAGAGCAGCAGCCUUCACAGAGAGGAGGGGGCUCACUGAGGCUCAGACUGAGAGUGUCACCUUAUUAUUGCUUUGGGUUUGAACUUGUGUUACAGAAAUACUGUGCCUUCUCCUCAGAUGAUGAUUGAAGGGCCACAUGAUCCUCUACCAGAUAAAGACAACACAGAACAGUGACUGAUCUCCCAGAGUGCAUCAUGCUCUCAGUGCUUUCUACCAUCUGCUCUGUCCAUCCACACUCAUCUAAUGAUGCUGAGCCGAGCACCUCAAACAUCAGGUUAUGAAAUGCUAUGCGAAUGAGGAGUUGUAUGCCUCUAUUAAAGUGCAGCUUCAAAGUUUUUCAAAAGUAAUUGAUUGUUUUUUUGUUUGUUUUGCUAUUGUCCUAUAAUAUUAAAG